AUGGUGGUGUGGAUACAAUUCCCUGCAUUCCCGGUGCACUUCUAUCACAAGGAGAUCCUUUUCAAACUUGGGAAUAUGGUGGGCAGGGCAAUAAAACUAGACUUUCACACCCAACACCAACAGAGAGCGAAAUUUGCCCGGAUGGCUGUGGAGCUUGAUCUCUCUAAGCCGUUGGUUACGCGGAUCAGGCUGGACGGGAAAUGGCAAUAUAUCGAGUACGAGAACCUCCCUACAUGUUGUUUCGAGUGUGGAAAAAUCGGCCACACGUCAGUGACAUGUCCCAUGUUGGCGGCGAAAAAUCCACCGCCGACCGCCGGAGAGAUGAUCACUGUUCAGGGAAACGCGACGGCGGCAUCGCCGGAGGACCGUUCAGGCUUCGGGCCGUGGAUGCAGGUUACACGGAGAUCACGGAGGGGAACACGCCCGGUGGAAAAUGGAAAGACCAGCGAAUUUCCAGGGGAAUCUGCCAACAACGGCAGGGAUGGGAAUGGAAGGUCUGGACAGAAAGAAAAAGAAGGCGUGUAUGAUCAAAAAAGGGAAGCGAAUCAGAGGAAGGAGGCGGGCAGGAUUGGGGCGAAGGAAAAGGGGAAAGCAGCUGGAGACAGCUUCCGCAACGGGAAGGAAAAAGGAGGAAAGGAAGUGGUUGGGUCGGCCACAGGGGGGAAAGGUGUGCUUGGGCCCAUCCCUCUUAAUAAAAAAAGCCCACUCAUGGGAUCCAGAGAAGGAGCAGCCCCCCAUAAUCUCUCUGAGGCCGGCCCGUCAUCCGGGCAAGGUGGGCUUAACCAGAAGAAUGUUGGACCUGGUGGGAACAAACAAGAAGCUAGGAAAGCUCCAACCCCAUCGGUUUGGACCAAAACCCAGAAGACAACCGGGCCGGGGACCACCGCUAUUCAGAUUGUGGACGUCCCUUCUAUCGAGCAGCAGAGGGAAAUGGAUGCGACCAUCAGCACUCCAUCGACGGCGACUCGAACGAAGGGCGACCGGAGGAAGAAGAAGUCCAAGGAACGCCAAUCACCAAUGAAGAUCGCGACCAAAGCUCUCCAGAUUUGGACUCCUGUCAAAGAAAGGAAAUCCAAAGCAAGAGCUAAAAUGGCGAACCUGACCCUUCAGGAGAUUGAAGCUUAG